AUGCACCUGGCUGACUGCUGCGUGCUUCAUCAGUCCAACCGGAAAAGGUACAAUCAUAACAGAAGUGUCCUCGCUCGCGCACAGUUUACGGCACAGACACGCAGACAGUGGACCCCUGCAGACGGCGCGAUGCGGCUCUCUGCUCUUCUGCAGAGCUCUGCGUGGGUCACGGUGGCCCUGCUUUUGUCUCUGGCUGCAUGUCAUCCAGUACAGCCUUCUGAGCAGGAGAUAAAGUUGAUUUUGGAGCAACGCAAGUCAAGUGUGGGAUUUAACUGGAGAAAUAUAACGUGUCCUUUAUGCGAAACCAUUUUCAGCAUCAUUGACAUCGCCCUUCUGGACAGUGCGAACGAUGAGCGUGUGGCCCAUGCUUUGGGAGAGGCUUGUACUCGGUUGCAUUUAGCAGAUGAGAAAGUUUGUCGCCAGAUAAUUGAACUCUUCAGAGACGAUUUCAUUCUCGUGCUGCGAAACUCCCUGCUGUGGCCCUCUGAAGCCUGUGGUAUCUUGGUGGGAUCCUCAUGUGGUAAAUUCGACCUUUACGCUCCAUGGAAUAUUACCCUGCCCAAGCUCCCGAAGCCACCAGUUAUUCCUCCUUCAGCACCGGCUUCCGGCUCUCCUCAGAGCAGGGUCCUGUUUUUGACAGACAUCCACUGGGAUCAGGAGUAUGCCGAGGGCAGUGCUGCGGACUGCAAAGAUCCUCUAUGUUGUCGAAACGACUCUGGCACCCCGAGCUGGCGCCGCAGGGGUGCAGGGUACUGGGGCACCUACAGUAACUGUGACCUGCCCCUGCGCACUGUGGAGCAUCUCCUGCAGCAAGCCGCUCAGAGCGGACCCUGGGACUGGGUCUACUGGACCGGAGACAUCCCAGCCCAUAAUGUGUGGUCCCAAACCAGAACAGAGCAGCUGUCUGAACUUACUGUCAUUUCUAGGCUCAUCCACAAACAUUUGGGUCCAAAUGUGACGGUUUACCCUGCCAUAGGGAACCAUGAGAGCACACCAGUGAACAGUUUUCCUCAGCCUUUUAUACAUGGCAACAGAUCUAUCGCAUGGCUCUACAACAGUAUGGCAGAAGAAUGGGCUCCGUGGCUUCCAGAGCAGGCAUUGAAGACUCUCAGAUAUGGUGGGUUUUACUCGCUCCAGAUUCAGCCUGGAUUGAGAGUGGUGUCUUUGAACAUGAACUACUGUGCUAAAGAGAACUUUUGGCUCAUGUUGAACUCUACUGAUCCAGCCAAUCAGCUGCAAUGGCUUGUUGAAAUUCUCCAAGCAAGUGAAGACCAGGGAGAAAAGGUACAUAUUAUUGGCCACAUCCCACCUGGUUUGUGUCUUGGCAGCUGGAGUUGGAACUAUUAUCACAUUGUCAACAGAUAUGAAAGCACAAUUACUGGCCAGUUUUUUGGACACACUCACACUGACGAGUUUCAGAUGUUUUAUGACGAAGAAACUCUGACCCGUCCCCUGAGUGUCGCCUUUGUGGCUCCAAGCGUCACUACAUACAUCAAUUUGAACCCAGGUUACAGAGUUUAUAUCGUGGAUGGGAAUUACAGGAACAGCUCAAGAUUUGUGCUUGAUCAUGAAACCUACAUCCUGAAUCUGACCGAGGCAAACCAUGGCUCCCCACGACACAGCCCUGACCCCAACCCUAAAUGGACUCUUCUGUACAGAGCCACAGAAGCCUACGGGCUGCCCACUCUGUUUCCCUCUGACUUAGAUCUGCUCCUUCAGACCUUCUACAAGGACGACGAAGUCUUUCAAAAGUUUUGGGUUUUAAGAGCCAAAGGUCAUGUGUCGGAGCAAUGCAAAGAGACUUGUAAAACCAACACGCUUUGCUUUUUACGAAGCGGACGCUACGACCUCCUGCAGCGGUGCUCACACCUUCAGCAUUACACAAACAACUUGCCUCGUUUCACAAUGUGCUGA